CUCUGCCCCCCACCAACCACUGCUACGCAACCCAGCGCAAUGGACAAACGCCAGACUAUCUCGCGCCCGCUCGCAUCCCACCUCCGCCAGCAGUCCAUGGGCGCUUCCGCGGGCGGCGCAUCCCCCGCCUUGGUUGCGCGCGUGAACGAGAAGAAGGCCGAGCUCGCAAAUUUGAAGGAGCUGCAGGCGCUCAGUGCGGGCCUAGCGGACCAAAUGGAGACGCUCGAGCAGAAGCUGGGGACCCUCUCAGACGGCACCGAGGCUGUCGCCGCCGUCCUCUCCAACUGGCACAACGUUUUGCGCGCGAUCAACAUGGCUUCGAUGAAAAUCCCCAAGCCCAAAGAGAACGAGGAGCAAGAAGGCGCAGGCGCAGAGGCUGGAGAAGAAGUCCCUCUGCCGCAGACUCUUGUCCGCAUUCCAACUCAACAUGCGGAAUCUCUUCUGGAGCAUACCAAGGCUGCCGAAUGAGCACGCUUUCAGCGCGAUUUCCAUGAUCUUGUCAACUACAGGCUACGCGUCACCAGACCCAACCUAUGCCGAGCCAAGAGGCGCUUCGAGCGCCAUCGUACGCUUGUCACGUCACGACACGAACGGACGCCAACCUUCCGCUUCUAAGCCGUCUCAAUGUGCUACCCUCCGUGCUAUUCGUUGUUGCAUGCAGUCGGGACUGUAGUGUUGCCACAGCUCCGUUCAGAGUACACCAUGAAGGAAUGGUGGUGCUGUUGAUAGCUCGAAGCGGACAGACGGAGCCAAGUAUACUUGACCUUUAAACAAUCCAUGUUGGUCCAAUAAGACCGAUGGUCUGCAGGCGCUUGAGCUUGUGUUCGGCACGCCUUUUGGGAGAGGGGACUUGAAAGAUAGCCCUGGUUGUAGAGUAUGAAUACGAGGGCAUAACUUAAUGCAAUUUUGAUAGGGCCCCGGAUAAUUUGCCCAC